AUGGCUUUCACUUGCGGCCUGCCCUCGAUCUCGGUCCAGGUCCGGCUGCUGCUGGUGAUCGCAAUAUCGACCUGUUUCCUCAUUACAGAGCUGGCCGUUGGGUUCAAGACCCAUUCUCUCGCCCUCAUUGCAGAUGCAUUCCAUUACACAGGCGACCUCCUAUCAUUUGUCAUCGCAUACCUCGCUCAGAAGCAUGCAUCUGCGUUGGGGCGGGACAUAAUCCCUGAAGAGACGGGCAUCGAACUCGAGGCCGCCGAAAACCGCACCGCAAUUAUCCGGAUCGACCAAAAGGACGGGCGCCAUGUUUUGCCUCUGCUCGCUGCUUUUUUCAACAGCGUCUUCCUGCUAGCUCUGGGGCUUGCAAUUUUCUUGCAGGGUCUGGAGAAGUUUGUCCAUCUUGAUGAAAUCGCCAACCCACAGCUGGUCCUGAUAAUAGGUUGUGUCGGUAUCUUAACCAACGUAGUCUGUGCCUGUAUUCUCGGAGCGGACGGCCAUCAUCAUCACGGCCACAGCCAUGGUCACAGUCAUGGUCACAGUCAUGGUCACAGCCACAGCCACGAGCAUGAUCCCCAUGCUCACCCUCAUGAACAUCAUCACGAUAUAAGAAGUGACGAAGAGAAGCUUUCCCAUGGAACAGCUCUCUCCAUAAAAGCAGUUCUCCUUCACAUCGCUGCCGACGCUCUCAACAACCUGGCCGUGAUAGUCUCGGCGGCCAUUAUCUGGAAGGUGCCGACCCAGAGCUCACCUGAAGAUCGACCCCAUCACGACUCGGAGCAUAACCACUAUGGCAGCCCUCAUCCGAAGUACUAUGCUGAUCCAGCGUGCACCGUCUUCAUCGCCAUUCUGAUCAUGGCCAGUACGGGCCCGGUAGUGCUGCAGUCCGGCCGGGCGCUGGUGGCCGCUGCAACGGGGACAAGUGUCAAGGAGAUCCUGUCAGAUACUCAAUCCAAGGAGGAUAAAGAAGAAAAAAAUAAGGAGUAA